AUGUCCAGACGUGGCGGAGGCGGCGGUAUUCAAUCCACCAACGUCCUCCAAGGUCCACGCAAGCGUCUCAGAGGCAACAACGACGCUUCAACUUUUAACCACGACGCACCUGCUGCUUUUGCUGCUUUCUCUUCUAGCGGCAGCAGCACAGCAACCAUGGGGACCAUCGAGCGCAAGAUUCACAGUCUAUCCGUCCAGCAAGUGACGCAGUAUGGUCAGAAGCUUAUGGACACCGUCAUCCAGGCCAUCGAUCCUUCCGAUCGCGCACCUCUCCACGAAUUCUUCCUCCAACUUCCCGACGCCCAGGAAUAUCCCGAUUACUACGAGAUUAUCAAACGUCCUAUGGCACUCGAAGAGAUACAACAAAAGCUCGAUCAACACUCGUACGCCGCUCUGCCAGACGUCAAACACGAUUUCGAGACCAUCUGCAACAACGCCAAACGCUACAACCUUCGCGAUACGCCUGUUUGGCUCAAGGCGAAAGAGUUGCAUAGCUUGAUCAAGAUCACUUACGUUCACAUUCUCCAGAGUUUGCCCGAGCCGAGUGUUAAUCCUCCUCCACCCCCAUCUGCGGCAGGUGCGCAAUCAACACCGACGCGGUCAAAGCGCAUUACUAUUCGAACGAAGCAAUCGUCACAGAAGCUUAACGAUCAAUUGCAGCCAAAAGCGGAACCUGAGCAACAUCAACCACCAAUACUGACACAACAACAACAGCAGCAGCAGCACCCGCAGCAACCACAACCACAACAACACGAUGGACAGCAGAGUCAGCCUCUAGCAUUGGGCGCAGGCAUGCAACAACCACCAGAAGGCCCUUUCACAGCCGCUGGUACACCCAGUACCCAAGCAGGUGACGACGACGACGACGAUGACGACGAUGCAUGGGAGAACGACGGUGAUUCCUCAAGACUGACCAAAGGCGGUCAACUCGAUGGUCGCAAACGUCCCGGCAAACGUGGCAAGCGUCUCAAAGCUACACUCCGUCAACUUGUUCACGAUCUCCGCCGCGUCAUCGGCACACGUGGCUAUCCCAUCGUCCAGCACUUUGACUAUCUCCCCGACCGAAACCAAGUACCGCAGUACUACCAGGUUAUCCAGAAACCCAUCUGCUUGCGUGACAUCGAACAUCGCGUCUUCCACAAGUCCUACAUCAACGCCCAUGCACUCUUUUCUGACCUCGAGCUUAUGCUUACCAACGCAAUCACUUUCUACCCUCCAGACUCGCCCAUCUGGCAAGACGCACAGGAGAUCCGACAGUAUUUUGAACGAGAAGCCAUCCCCGCCCUCUUCCAAGAUGGUUUCACGCUCGAGAAGGACGAUGUUAGGCAGUCGGCGCUGCCGCUUCAUCUGGCCGCGAAUAGUACGAUUGAGGCGCACAAGUCAGCGUACAAGAUGAUCGUGUCCAAGGCCAUGGGUGGUGCUUCGCAGAGUCCGGAGCCUUCGUCCCGGUCGAGGUUGGGUUCGGCCGGUGUUGUGGGUUCUCCAGCGCUGUCGGCUGCACCCGGGUUGCCACUUGGAUCACCUGCUCCUGGUGCUGGUGCUGGUGCUGGUGCUGGUGCUGGUGCUUUUGAUUCGCCUUCACCUGCAGCACAGCCUAACCCUACUGCUGCUGCUAUGAUGGGAACCCCCAGUGCAAGCCCUGCACCAAUGAUGGGCUCACCAAUAGGCUCGAUGCCACCCAUGUCGAUGCCACCCAUGUCGAUGCCCUCCAUGCCACCACCCAUGUCUACACCUGGUUCAGCGUCCAUGUCUCCCCUUGCGCCUGGUAUGCCCGGCACUGCACCACCAAUGGGAAUGCUCAACUCCCCCGGUCCCGGUCGAGCCUUGCCCUAUCCGGGCACACCCACCUCCGCAUCCCCCUCCCGACCCACCCCUACCUGCGAAGGUCGUCGCCCAGUCGGUCGACCCCCCGGCAAAAGCACUCCUUCACGCUCCAACCCUUACCCCUUCCUCGAACGUCGUAUCGGUCCUGGUCGACCAAAAAAACACGAAGCAGCAGCACGACAAGCCGCCAUUGCAGCCCACGAAGAAAUGCUUCGCAAAAUGGCCCUUGAAAACCAACAAGAUGAAAUGUCACAACAACAACAAGCUGCCGCUUUUGCCGCCCAAUCCGUCCCGCAAUGGGGUCAACAACAGAUGCUUCAGCAACAACAACUCCAACAGCAGCUCUACUUGCAACAACAACAGAGACAGCAGGAACAGCAAUUACAGCGUCAACAACAACAGCAACAACGUCGGGCUCAACAAGCUGCUCAACAAGCUCAAUUGCAGCAGCAACAGGCGUAUGUGGAACAACAGAGAUUGCAACAGCAACAGCAGAUGUUGCCGCCGGGAGGAGGUGCACCUGCUCCAUUUGGUGCGGGGAUGGCGGUGGAGGCUGCUUCGCCAGCGAAGAGGAAAGAGGCGGUUCUGCCGGCUCAAGCGCCCAGAUCUUUGGCGUUUGAAGGGUUGGAGAGUCGUACGCCUUUGAUUAGCAAUUUUGCGAUCGAUAUGGAAGUCGAAGCUCCCGACGGGCAGACGCUGGCAGUGCCUUCAGUGGAGAUUAAAAACGGCUUUACUACUCAACAUUCCCUGCAGAUUCCACCGAACGCUUCUAGCAUCACUAUCGAAUUUCCGCUCCGCAUACUCAAAAAGCCAAAAGCAGAGGAUGCUCCUGCUGAUGGUGAAGAAGAUGUAUCGAUGUCCGAACCAAGCUGCAACAAUGCUGUUGCUAAUCGAGACACUCACUCAACCAGCGGGGAUGCAGCAGAAGAAGAGGCGAAGAAAAACAGAAUCCUCACCUACCCUUGGCGACCAGAACUAUCCUUCAACGGCAAACAAACCACCGCUACUUGGGUUGCUGCUGACUCCCUCGUCGAAUCUGCUCUACAGGAGGAGGAGGAGCUGGGUUAUUCAUAUUGCAAAGUUCGACUCUUGCCGAAGAGAGGGAUCAAUGUGCUUGAGAUCAACGUUAAACCUGCAGUUGAGGCAAACGAGUUGCAAGGGAUUCCUGAUGAGAGAUAUUCUAUCUUCUUCUGCUAG